ACAGGGGAAACUAUGGAAAAAUGAGCAAAACGUGAGCGAGAAGAUAGUAUACGAAUAGCAAUGCGUCUACUAAUUUCUAGCUGCGUAGAUUUCGAUUUACCAUCGGAAAUUCGAAUGGAGCAGUAACAUCGGUAAUAGCGCGCGCGCUGAUUUCAAUUCGGCAAUUCCAAAGGAUCUUCAAAACGUUUUUCGCGUUGAUUGCAGACGAGUAUAGCUGACAUAUAAGAUGACCAGAUAAUGAUAUCUUCGGUUCCGUCGUAUGACGAGGAGCUGUUGAAUGGCGCCUACGCCAAUAUCGGACUGAUCGCAGACAAAGUUUGGGCCUAUCAUCAGGACGAUCCCUUCCGAAAGCUGAACCAUUCUUUGUGGGUUCAGAGCGGAAGCAUACCGAUGCAACAAAUAUCAAACACUGCCUCCCCGAACCGAGCGUCGCAGCAUCAGUGGAUCCAAAGAGCGAAUCCCGGUUUGCACGUGCAAGUCGCAGGGUGCCAUUUUCCCCAUUCUCCGGUUUGCGCGCCCGUGCAGUCCGUUUGUCCAGCGAUGAUUCAGCGUCGGAUGCAAAUGCACGAUAAGAUAACGUCGGGUAACGGGAUACCUAAAGGCUGUGGUCUAGCUUCGGCGCCUAUUCCCGUGUAUCAGAAGCCACCGGAACUGUACAACGAUCCUUCUCAGAGGCGGAAGACCCAGGGAGUCGAUUUCAACAAUUUGAUAUUACUGACGAAAAGCGCGAUGAAAGCGAGAAGGAAUCAAUCGAAGAAUCCCCAGCAUAGCUCGAGCUUCAUUCUGGAAUCGAGACAGCCCAAUUUGAAAUCUGAAACUGACGUUUUGCAGUGGCUUGAAAAGGGCUAUCCAAAAAGAGCCAAGGAAUUCGUCGCGGUUAAUACGCUCGUUACGGAUUUUCAAAAUUUUGUCUACGAGUGCGACGACCGCAACGAAACGAAAAGUGACGCGACCAACGACGCGGAAGACAAAUCUUCGCCCAGAUUCGGAGAGUUUGAUGCGUCGAGCGAGGCACCGGCAAAAAAGAGACUCUACAGAGACGUGUUGACCAAUUCGUCGUCGAGUGGAAUUGUUCUGGAGAAUGUUUUCGACAGACGUUACGACGAACUCGAACGACAAGCUAUGGAACAGUACAGAACUUCCGAAGAAUGUUUAGCUCUCAGGUAUCAAGAACUCGAACAGCAAGCCAUGGAGCAAUAUAGAAACGGCGACAACUGUGGGGCGGGUAACCUAACGAACAAUCAAGGUCAAAUCCCAUCAACAAACACCCCUGCCGACGAGACGCAAAGAAGCAUCGGCAAAUCGCUUGAUUGCGAGGUGGAAAAUUCUGGUAGCCAAAAAUGUUCGGGGUUCGGACACUGCGGCAGCCCCACAGAGGACCCUCCAUCCGCUGCGACCGCGAGCAAAAAAGGUUACAACCUAAAAAAUGGUACCCCGCCACGUCAACCGAUAACGAUAUUAAGACCGGCAAUCGAGCGCGGUGCGAACAGCGCGAAUCGUUCGGCAAAUAGCAACCAGUGCCCUCGACCGCCCAUCGUCACAAAAAGCUUGACGGCCCUUACCCAAAGAUUUUCCCUAGACUCGAAAAACAUAUCUAGGGGUGCAUCAGGGGACAAAAUCGAUAGAACCGUCCAGGCAUCGUCAAAAAGGCGUCUGAUACUGAUGUCACCCUCCGAAUCACAGCGUGAAUCAGAUGCCGGUAUAACUGCUGAGACGACAUCGGAUACGGCAGAGCUUUUUACCUUCCAAUCGAUGAAUAGGCUGCAGAUAUCGGAAUCGUAUCGAGAUUCCGAAGUUAUAGAAACCGGUGGAGGAGACGAGAAGAUUGCGAUUCAGCGUUCGUCCCUUGGAACGGAAGGUAUCCGAAAACAGUUAUUUCUAGCCAACGAAGAAUUAAUGGAGAAUUGUUGGGAAAGUUUGGCCGUCAGGCUUUCGGAGCCAACCGAGAAAAAUGGACCUCGCGUGAAUAUGUCGUUGAUCAACGAUCCGGAAGAACACGUGAUUAUCGGUGUUUCUUCGAGAACGUCUACGGACACCUCGGUCGAUGUGGCGAGGAAGGGCGAUCCGGGCGAUUUAUUAUUCGACCUGCUCCAAUUGGGUUGGGAGCGAUGCGAGGAACGUUGCAAAAUUAAAAAUCGACUGACUAGGAAUAAAAAGAAACGGUGCAAACCGCACGAUCGGAUCACGGUCAACGUUAAGGAAACCGACACUUUUUCGUCCCGUCGAACUAAACUCGACGUUAAACGAAUCGACGUAGUUUCGUACCACAGUGCUUUGACCGCGGUUCAAAAUCCGUCUGAACCCAGUCGUAAAAUGAAACUAAAAUCGAGGAGCGUCUCCUGUCAAAACGUGAAAAAUUCAGCCGAAUUCACGCAACCGCGGAGCUAUGACGAACGGAUAAAAUUCAGCGAUAAUUAUUUUCGCAUACUGUAUCCGAUGUCCGAUUGUACAAGUACGCUCUGCAACGGCGAAAACCACUGCGCUGGUCCACGAAAAUCCAUCGGUCUGACGACGCAUAAUCUAUUCGGUGUCAAUGGUUAUGCUAAAACUUACCAUUACAAGUCGAGGCACGAAGCCGUUUGUAAAAUUCAUUUCGAAUUUACCAACCUUCGAAUAUUCCUUCCUCUGUAUUUCGUGCCUAUCUUUAUUGGCCGAAGAAACUGCUGUCUGUGUAAUAGAAAAUAUAGCACGUUAAGUGAUCGCCAAAUUUAAAUAACUGCACACUCACAGAAAUCUUUCUUCUUCAAGUUCGCACAGCGAUCAGCCUAUCGCGAUUUCGAAUGGGUCUAUAACAGCAUUAAUGCAGACUGCACACUCGUUUCAUCAAUUUAUUCAUCAAUUUUUUAUUUUUUUUUUUUUGUUGGUAUUUUUUGUCAUCUUUGAAUUGAAAUUUAUAUCUGUACAAUAAUUUCUUUGUUACAAGUAAAUUAAGUCGCAUGGCAGCAAUUUACUAUGUAUUCUGUUAUUGCCAUACCAUAAAUUUUCCUAUUGUUGAGAUAAUUGUGUCGUAACGUCACUUUAAUCUAUAUCAUAGAUUGCGUGUGUGUUGCAUAAACUUAUUAUCACAUUUCGCAUGACCGUGCAAGUCCGAUUGUGAGAACGCUUUAUUUUUGUAGUACCUAGACGACGUAGGUCGAAUUACCGAACGAUGAAAUACA